GUAGCAUUCUCGCCAAAUGUAAAUCUGUUUACGUAAGAUUGUCAGUCAUCUCCUGUUUUGCAAAUAGAGCAACGUGGGUUUCGCUUGCGCAUGACUGUUGCAUCAGUAGAAUCUUUUGCCACCCCAGCUUGAGAGAUCAAUCACGUGCGAGUUACCACCAGUCACAUUUCUCCUGUCUCAUAUUACUGGUUUCCUUCACUAACAACGAUCGUAUCAUUUACGCCAACGAUAAGACCGAAUGCUGUCAUAAUAAUAGGACUGAAUUCUAGCGAUAAAUUCCACGGGACCACAACACACAAUUGCAACAUCAACACAUCGCUGGGCGGGUGAAUGAAAUUCCUCGCAGGCCCGUCGCUACGUCACGCCCCUCGAGGUCUCUGAUUGGUGGAAUGCGUGGGUCUGUCUGCUGUGCGUGUCACUCGUGCGGUAUUUAAAGCGGAGAAGAGGCAAGUUCAAUAUCACAAGUUUACUAGACUUCUCCUUCCACACUAGGCGCGGUUCCUCGGUGUGGUGUCUCCGAAUCAACUUCACGUUAUCCAUCCAAAUGGCAUCACUUCAGAAGAUAUUUUCUAGGAUACGUACGGGAACACUUCAAGACAACUCAUAGCAAUACGCCCCCGUAGUAUCCUACUCAUCAACUAGUUACUAAACACCAUCUCCAAGUAACUAUAACUUCAAUUUAAAAGAAUAUACUUAUCGUCUACUGCUAACCCGGUAGUUGUCUAAUCUAGUCUACGCCUCUUCGUCUACACGUGAGAAGUCUUCUGAAUUUCGCAACUUGAAGGAGUUUUCAAACUUCGAAAGAACAAAUCUACAAUCCUAAUCGCCUUUCUACGCUACUCUUAUCUUCAGCGGUAAAUCUUGAACGUCGAGUACCAUGGAAGAGAGAAACUUCUUGGUCUUGGCGCAGAACCGCCAGUUUCUGCCCUUCUACAGCGACUCGCAGAAGAAGUGGGCGGAACCCUUCUAUUUCAUCCAGGCCGCCGACACCCAAUUCGGCAUGCACGCAUCCUACAAGGAGAAGGACAGGACUCACGGCUGGAAGGAGGAGAUCGCUUGGAGCAAGCAAAUGGUAGCAGAUAUCAACGCUAUGUACCCUAAGCCCAAGUUCUUGGUUGUGUGCGGUGACCUGACCGACGCCUUCCCCGACAGUGAGCCCGAACAACACGCUCAACAGGUCACGGACUUCAAAAAGGUGUUCGCUGGUCUCGACGUCCCCUUGGUCUGUGUGUGCGGCAACCACGACGUCGGCAAUACCCCGACCCCCGCCACCAUCGAGGGCUACAGGAAGAACUACGGCAACGAUUACUUCAGCUUCUGGUGUGGCGGCGUUUUCUUCAUCGUACUCAACUCCCAGUUCUACGAGGACGCCUCCAAAUGCCCUACCCUGGCCGUCGAGCAAGAGGACUGGCUGGAGGAACAACUCGAGAUCGUCAGGAGGGAGAAGCCCCAGCACGCCGUCGUGUUCCAGCACAUCCCUUGGUUCAUCAACAACCCUGAGGAGGACAAGGAGUACUUCAACAUGGAAUACAGCCUCCGCGCGGAGAUGCUCGAGAGGUUCCACUCCGCAGGUAUCCGUCACAUCUUCUGCGGCCACUAUCACCGCAACGCCGGAGGAUUCUAUAAGGACCUGGAGGAGGUCAUUACCUCCGCCGUAGGAGUCCAGCUCGGCGACUUCCAGCAUGGAUUCCGCCUCGUCCGGGUCUUGGAGAACCGCCUCGUUCACCAGUACUACGCCCUUGGCACUGCCCCUACUCACGUGCAUCUCCCCAGCUCGAAACCCCUUGCACCUGCUGCCCCAGCCGCAGGCUCCACGCCCUUGCCCGCUUGGUCCUACACCUCCGCCGCCAGCGCUGCCACGCCCUCUACGAGGAAGACUUCUCUCGCCCUGUAGUCAAAUCCCCUUUGGUAUAUUUAAGUGUGCUUCGUGAAUGCAAGAAGUUCAUCAACGCUUCACUCGGCUAUUAUACAAUGCUGUGAUUGAAAAGAGGUCUUGUUGAUUCAUUGUAAUUCAUUGAUUUAUUCAUCACCACAUUUCACAUGAUCAUAUUAUUUUAUCUUUUAUAUUAUUCAGUGUUAUUGUUGACGUUUGUGAUACGUAAAUUUCACAACCUAUUUUUAUAGCCAUUAAUUUUAUAUCUAAUUAUGAGGUUUUAAUAAACGAAAGUUAUAAUAUUUA